AAUCAAGAGCGCGCUUCCCAAGCGGUUGAUUUGAAUGCUGUUUGUGUUUGUGUCGGUUCACACGGAGCCGCCAGCCUCCACAUUCAGUUUUAGUGAACUGUAGUAACCUCGGUCCCAGCAGCAGGACGAUGAUGUCAGGACGGGACGUCCAGCCACGGGACUUCCAGCAUCGCACACGGUCCCUCCAGCAGCAGCAGCAGCAGCAGCAGCAGCAGGAGGAGGAGGAGGAGGAGCCCCAUCACAGCAGCAUCAUGGUUGACCUUCGACCCCGCGGCAGGAGGAGAGCUGCAGCUGCUGGUCUCUCUCUCGGGCUGAACCUGGACUUGCCCCGGGCCGGAGGGGAUGACCGUAACGUCCCGGUCAGGAUCUUGGAUGAAAACCGGACUGAAGCAGCAGAGCUGCAGCUUCCUCAGAGGCUCGGCUGCACCUCCGGCCUGCCCGUCCCACAGCGCAUCAGCUGCCAGCCGCCGCGACCGCUGCCAGCAGCCGACCCGCCGGCGGCCGGGUCAGCCAAUAAAAAAGAGCAGACAACAUGGCAACCCUUUAUCGAAGGGGUGGAGCCACGUGAACUGGGUGGAGUCAGAGAAGAGGGCGGGGCCAAGGAGCAGAGCAUGUACUGUAAGGAUGAACUGCUGAACGGCACCACAGAGCUCAGCUUCGAGGAACUGCGAGCUCAGCGCUACUUCCAACGCAAACGGCAGGAGCGCAACGAGGAGCUGAAGCAACUGGAUGCAGAGAAACAGCAGCUCAGACAGCAGCUGGAGCACAAACAGAGGCUGCUGCAGCUCCACAAGACACAGGAGGCGCCCGGCUCCACCUGCAGGCCGCAGGGCGCCACGCCCUUCCAGGUCUAUGACGAAUCCCAGGCUCUGUCUGCUGCUGCUGCAAGGCCUUCUGGGACGUCCCGAGCUCCUGCAGACGUGAUGCCAGACGACGUUUUCCUUCGUCCAGAUGAGAAGGGUCUGUGUCUGAAGGUCCAGCUCCCCCGCCACAGCGACAUCGCUGCUGCUUCUGAGCGCUCGCACUGCAAGAUCUUCCCGGAGAGUUCGGAGUCUCUGACAGAAGACGUGAUCUUGUCGGGUCACCAGAACAAAACGCUCUGCUCCAGUCCGGACAACACCAACGACUUCGCCGGAGCCGCCAAGAUGGCGUCCACGCCGCACAGCGGGCCGGCGGGCCCCCGAGCCGCCGGGCUCACAGACCAUCAGGGCAGCGUGAGGGAGGAGCCCCGCCCCCCCCGCCAUCACCCCGAGGCCCGGCGCCGAGCCCCGCAAAAAACUCAGUCCCAUCCAGGAGGCCAGCAUGGAGGCCGGCGGCUCUGCAGGCCCCCCCGGCUCUCUGGAGGAGCAGCAGGAGCAGCAGGACAUGGAGCUGGCCCCGGCACAGACAGAGGCGGCCAUGUUGGAUCCCUGCAGCCCGGAGGUGCGGCAGCGGCUGCUGGGUCACAUGACUCUGACUUCCUGUCCAGACCUGCACUCGGAGCUCCGCCCACUCCCCGCCGUGCAGGAGGACGCUGUCCUGCCACUCGGAAGUGAGCUCUUCUUCGUCCUCUCCAAACUGGUAGACGGAGAAAGUUUCAGCCUCUACUCGGGCACGGCGCAGCAGGAUGAUGUCAUCAUCAAGGUGGAGCGCCGCCCUCUGCCCUGGGACCUCCACAUGUUCCAUCGUCU